GAAACCUAAUCCCGCAUUGGAGCUAUCAGAAAAGUUCCAUUGCCGCAGCCAGUAUAUUCACUGCUAUUACAAUCAUGGCGCUUAUCUUUCUUGGGGUCUUGUCCAUCCGGAAGAUGAAGCGGAGCUGGGAGCGACACAAACGCGAGAAGCGAGAGUAUGCAGCUUCCCGAUACUCGGCUCUCCCCAUGAUGGAGGAAGCCCAGAAAGAAAAGCCCACGAGUGAGCAGCAGAUGAGUCGAGAGACCUUGAUGUUCAGCAGAAGCCGCUCGCGAUCUUCGACAUACGUCGUCGAGCAGGAGGGUCCUUCUGUGACACGGGUAUAUCGGGCGAGCAAGAGCGUUUCUACGCUUGCAUUGGAUACACCUGGUCCUGCGGCGGGAGAAACGGGCUCUGUUACCCAGCUGAACACGAUCCCAGAGCGUCCUGCUAGCACUUUCAAGGCGCUGCGUCAUGAACGUCAUGGCUCGAUCCCGAAGUCGCCCGUCGUCGUACCCUCGCCAUUGAAGCCAGUGCCAUCUUUUUCGGUCAGACCAAUCAUACACCGUUCAGAGGCUCCGGAGAUUCUUGAGCGGACACCUUUGAGUCUUGAAAGCGAGGCUGUUGUCGAAUCCCCAGUAAGCAAAAAGCGUGAGUCCAAACGUGACUCGAAGCGCGAGUCUUUUGGAGCAAACAGUCUCUUCAGACUCCCGGCUAUUCAAAGAACCAUGUCGCCUCUUUUCUCGUUUUGAUAUAGAGCUCCAUCCAGAAGGCUUUGAACUGGUCACUCGAGACACUUAGAUUUCGGCUUACGAAGGAGGCUAUCAUUGACGCGCUGACUACUACGUCCCUUCCUCUAUCCGGCUUCCAAAAGUGCUUUGUUUUCAUGGUACAGCAUGCUGUGGUGUUGUGCAUAAACACGGCUUGUUUCUUUAUUUGUUUUUGGUCAUACUCAAGACGCCCAGAGGGGUGUGGUCGUUUGCAUCAGUAGCUUACACUUUUCAUAGCUUUCUCUUGAUUUUGGUCUGCUCUAAGCGGCCACAUGGCGCUGAACUGGCGGGGUUCAUAGACAAGUAA